CGCCUGGGCGAUGCCGCUGCUCGUGGAGGGGCGUCGCGUGCGGCUGCCGCAGUCGGCCCGGGAUCUGGUCCGCGCCCACCCGCUCUUGGAGGAAAGAGCCAGACUUCUCAGAGCUCAGUCUGUUCAGCAAGUGGGACCCCAGGGCCUUCUGUAUGUGCAGCAAAGAGAGCUUGCAGUGACCUCCCCCAAAGAUGGCUCCGUCUCCAUUCUGGGCUCUGACGAUGCCACCACGUGCCACUUUGUGGUCCUGAGGCACACAGGUAACGGGGCCACCUGCCUGACGCACUGCGACGGGUCCGACACCAAAGCUGAGAUACCCCUGAUCGUCAGCUCUGUGCGGGCCUUCUCCGAGCAUGCCCAGUGUGGAAGGCUGGAGGUGCACCUUGUGGGUGGCUUCAGCGAUGACCGGCAACUGUCCCAGAGGCUCACUCACCAGCUGCUCUGUGAACUCGACAGGCAGGAUGAUGACAUUCACUUGGUGACAUUGUGUGUGACAGAGUUAAACGACCGGGAGGAAAAUGAGAACCACUUUCCGGUUAUUUACGGCAUUGCUGUGAACAUCAAAACGGCGGAGAUUUUCCGAGCAUCCUUCCGAGAUCGAGGGCCAGAGGAGCUGCUGCGCUCUGCGCGGGCACUGACGGGAGGCCCGAUGGUUAGCAUUUACGAUGCAAAGACAGAACAACUCCGCAUAGGACCAUAUUCCUGGGAGCCAUUUCCACACGUGGAUUUCUGGUUGCAGCAAGAUGAUAAGGAAAUACUAGAGAACCUCUCCACGUCACCUCUGGCAGAGCCCCCGCACUUUGUGGAACACAUUAGAUCCACCUUGCUGUUCCUGAAGAAGCAUCCCUCUCCGACCCACGUGCUGUUCCCUGGAAACAGGGCGCUACUCUACAAGAAAAACACCGCUGGCUUGUGGGAGAAGAUCUCCGCUCCCGGGAGCUAGGCAGGGGGAGCCCUGAGAAAGCAGUCUGGCUUGAUGGGUCAUGGUGGGGUCAGCACCCUACCCUGGGGGGAUUUGGAAUUGGGAUCUCCCUUCAUUAAGUCUUAGAUUUUCAUACUCACUCAGUGUCUUUCAAAUUUCAGAAUAAAAUCUUAUUUUGGCAAAGGCA